CAAACCAAAAAAAAAAAUAAAAAAUAAAAAUCAUAUCCAAAAUAAAAAAAAAUUCCCAAAAAAAAAAUUAAAAUAAGGAGGAAAAUGGCCACAAAACCAAGAAACUCCAACACUAAGGUGUCUCUCAUGGUCAUGGUUACAAUAAUCCUAACAACAUCCAAUGUUGUUCUGUGUGAUGAUAAGACUCCAGUUCCAACUGACAGGGGACAACUGGAAUCAUGGUUCAACCAAAAUGUGGGUCCAUUGGAACAAAGAAAGAGCACUUUGGACCCUGCUCUUGUGGCGGCCGAGCAAGGUCCUAAAGUCAUUAAGGUAAUGCAAGACGGUAGCGGCGAUUUCAAGACCAUCACCGACGCCGUCAAUAGCGUCCCUUCCGGGAAUGCCAAGCGGGUGAUAAUCUCCAUAGGUGCUGGGAAUUACAAUGAGAAGAUCAAGAUUGAAAGGACCAAGAAUUUCAUCACGUUUUAUGGCGCACCUGGAGGGAACUUACCAACCUUGUCCUAUGGUGGCACUGCACAACAAUAUGGCACUGUUGACAGUGCUACGCUGAUUGUUGAAUCUGAUUAUUUCGUCGCUGCUAACAUCCAAAUCUCGAAUACUGCACCAAGACCUGAUGGAAAGAGGCCUGGAGCACAAGCAGUAGCAUUGAGAAUUUCAGGAGACAAAGCAACGUUUUAUAAUUGCAAGGUGUUGGGAUUCCAAGACACAAUCUGUGACGAUAGACAUAGGCAUUUUUUCAAAAAUUGCUUAGUUCAAGGCACCGUCGAUUUUAUUUUCGGAAGCGGGAGGUCAUUGUACCUGAACACGGAGUUGAGGGUUCUUGGGGACAGUGGAAUGACAGUGAUAGUGGCACAAGCAAGAACAAUGGACUCACAGGACACAGCCUACGCAUUUGUGCAUUGCGACGUUACCGGAACAGGGACUGGCUCUUACUUGGGUAGAGCAUGGAUGUCUAAUCCCAAAGUCAUUUUUGCUUACACCACCAUGACCAGUGUUAUCAAUCCUGUUGGUUGGAGUGACAACAUGCACACUGAAUAUGAUAGAACUUUAUAUUUUGGAGAGUAUAAAAACUCUGGAGCUGGAGCUGCUCCCGCUGGGCGCGCCAAAUUCUCAAAGCAGCUAAGUGAUGCAGAGGCACAACCUUUCCUCAAUCUUGGUUUCAUUGACGGCUCCACUUGGCUACUUCCUCCACCAAGAGUCUAAUUCCAUUCAUUAAUAAAUUCAAUUUCCCACAUUAAAUUAAUUAACUAUAUGGCCUGCAUAUAUUGGCCUUGUGUCCAAUAGUUUAGUUGUAGGCACGAAUAACUUUUUAUUAGGAUGACCAAAUCGUAUUCUCAGCAAUAAUGGUCUUAACUAGGAAAUGUGUUAGCAGGACACGACAGGGUGAAUGUGUAUACACUAUACCGUGUAGGUUGUCAAUACCAAAUGUAUCUCGAUUUGUUGUGUAGAAUAAAAUUGUUAAUAUAAAUAUUAUUUUUUAUUAUAAGUAA